AUGAUUUGCCACAAGGGUAUUGUUGUUGAGUUUUCUUGAUUUUGGCUUGAGGCAGAGAUGCCAGAUAUUUUCAUAAAAAAUCUUUAUUAGCCCGUAUUCAAAAUCUGUAUUGAUAAUCAAGGCGAACUUUUCACAAUGUACUAAUGUUAUUGCCACACAUUAUGGUUUUAGAAUGAGAAAUUCAAUGAACCGUCACUCUGAAUAUCCUCAUAUCUCGCUGCAGAAAAUGCAGCGAUGAGUUCUGGUAUUUGUAAUUUUUAUCAACGAUCGAAAAUCAAUAAAAUUGAAUUGAAUUUUAUAAUAUACAAUUAUAAUUUUAUCUUUAUAAGUUGACAUGAGAUGUCAGCGCUUAAUAUGAACCUCAAAUUAGGUCAUACAACUAUUAAUCUCAAAAAGUUUCAUAACGCAAUGAGUAAUGAAUAUCGGUUCAAAUUUCGCUAUGUUCCAAAUAUUUAUAUAAGUAUAACUCAGUUCUAAUCUUCAAAUUUCUGUACAAUCAUAAAAAGAUAUUUAUGAGUUGUCAUUGAUUAGAAGACUUUUAUCUCGUCUCGUCCACAAUUCUUCUGCUAUGCUCAGGUGACAAAACUUGAAUUGUUCGUUUUUAUUUUUUGUGGAAACUGCUGAAAUCUGCAUAAAAGUUAAAAAAUCUGUAUUACGGAUUAAAUUUGUAUGGGCAUUGAAAUGAUCGGGUAAGAAUUUAUAUAACCCGAACCUUUUACCCGUACCCGACUCGAACCCGAGAUUUUUUUUUCUGUACCCGAACCCGACAAAUAUUCAACGGGCUCGGGUUCGGGUAUAAAUACCCUAAACCCAAUCAUCUCUAAUGGGCAUGUUGAAAUCUGUAUGACACAGAUAAAUCUGUAUAAAUGGCAUCUUUGUUCCAAGGCUGUAAUAUUGAAUAUCGAUAUAUUUUGUCAACGCUGUAAAUUAUCGAUGUCAACGAUUUCAAUUUCAUAUCGAUAUUAUCGAUAAAUAUCGAUAAGUUUCCCAUCCCUAAUAGCAACAUAAACCAUAAACAAACAGCGAGAAUAGUGUUUUCUGAUGUUUACGGUUCAGAUCAUAUGUCGUUUUCGUUUUUAAAUUGCACUACACCGGUGUAGCGAAAGGUGCACUGAAUCCGUUCGUUUUUGCCAAUUGCACUACACCAGUGCUACACUUUUUCUGCACCGAUACCACUGGUGUAGCACUCAUCAAAAGUUUGGUGUAGCUCUGUGCAAUGGAAUCGUUUAUUGUAGUCAAUGGUUACUGUUUAUGUUUUCGUCAGUUUUGUUCGUUUAUUCAUGCCUCAGUGUAGCACUGCACCGGUGUAGUGCAAAUUAAAAACGAAAACGCCAAUAGUUUCCACUUUUUUAAAGUUUGUUAAGAUCUACAGUUUGGAUUUAGUGCUUAGAAAUGGAUGAAAACGAUUAUAAAAGUGUAAUAUUAUAUUACGGCCGAGCGAAAUUGUUUCGAAUAAUGCAUCGUGUAGUAAUAGAAGCGAUAACAAAGUACCCAAAUGAUACUAGUUUUAGAUUCUUCAACGGUGUCGCGUUGAUUAUUGAGGGCAUUAAGCUACAAGAGGGUAUCCGUGAAUUGAAUCCAUUGCUGGCCGAUAAAGAUUUUUGUUUGGCUGUCGUCCUAAGUCUACUGUAUGCACACAAACGAUGCGGUGUGGUUGAUAAAGAAGAACUUAUUAAUUUAGACAAUACUUUAAAACAUGAAAGAAAGCGUUUAACACCAUUAUCAGCUUAUUACGCGUCCAUAUUCUUAUUCCUAACGGGAAAAAUUGAUAAAGCACGGGAAUAUCUAGAGAAGGCUCAACGUAUCAACACAAAUAUUCCUGAAAUAUCUGCUUUAAUAGGAUGGUGUGAAUUGUACUUGAACAAAAAUAGAGCGUCAGUCAUCCUUGUUUUGUUCAAUGAAGCAGUCGAACAUGGAAUGUAUAUUGAUGCAAGUAUUGGCCAGGUCCGGUGUCAUCAGCGAAACAAUGAUUUCGAAAAAGCUAUCUCUGUUUUGAACUGUCUUUCAGUACGUUACCCUAAUUUGAACAUACCACUCGUUGAAAAAAUGAAAUGUCAUCUUUCUAGUUGGAAUUAUUAUGAUACGAUGGAAACAGCGACAAUGGUUCUCACUUUUGAACCAAGUAAUUUAGAAGCACUUCAAGUGAAAAUAUUGAUGUUAAUAGUCAAGGAUGGAAACUAUGCAGGUAGUGUUACUGCUUUGCAGUACCUAUUUAAGACAAUAGAAAAAGUAGAGCCCGCUAAUGGUUUAAUUUUUAUGCGCAUGGGUCAACUGUUUUCGAGGAUUUGUGGAAGAAAGCAAUCAAUUUUAUCUGAAACUUACCAUUUUGUAGAAAAAGCACACAAAAUUGCCCCAACUAACCCUGAUUAUAUAACGGAGCUAGGAUAUCAAUGCAUUUUGAUGCAGAAAUACAAAGAAGCCACAAAAUGGUUUAAAACUACAUCUAAAAUAGACAAUACCUCUUUAUAUGCUUUAUGCGGAUUGACUUUAUGUCAAGUAAUGGAUACUGGAGUAUCAGAACAAGUCUUACAACAAAUCGAAUUUCUCUCUGAAAUUCAAGGAGAAAACAAAAUGCCUUUACUUUUAUCAAUAUCAUCUAAAAUUCAUCAAGACGAUCCAGAAAAAGCGAUGCAGUUCCUGAUAGAAGCAAGUGAAUAUCAUUUUAGAAAUUUGAGUACACUGCCUUACGGACUAGAUUAUCUUAGGGAACUGAACCCCGAUUUUUUACUUGAACUAGUGAAGGAAUGGUUGAAAUACUCUCCAGCAGAUCGAGAUGCUGAAAUGAUAUCUACUGAUACAUUCCACCCUGCUCUUCGUCAUAGUGCAAAUAUAUUAGAUGCCGUUAUAAAAGCUUGUCCAGGAUUUGUGGAAGGUUUAUACUUACUUGCGAAGGUUCAAUUUCUUACGGGAGACUUGCUAGCAGCCAUGGAAACGCUUCAUAGAAUCGUCAAUGAGCUGGAUGCAACAUAUACUGAUGCCCAUUUACUUAUUGCUCAAAUACAUAUAGAGCAGAAACACUACACCAAGGCAGCACAAUGUUUGGAAAUUUGCCUAAGUAUAGAUUUCAAAGUUCGUGACCAUGCGAUAUUUCAUUCACUACAGGGUAUUAUUUUGAAGAAUCAACAACUAUAUGAAGACAGCUUGAAAAGCUUCCUUACAGCAAUGAGUAUAUGCGGUAGGGUAAAACUUUCCCCUAUAAAUCACAAUGGCAACAAUCCAAUGAAUACCUUCAAUAGUGAAUCGAAUAGAAAUUCUCUCAACAUUACGGAUCUACUGACACUGUAUUUAGAAGUAAUUAACAUGCAUGUUUUAUUAAAUCAACAAUCCGAGGCUUUGAAACUCAUGCAAAUAGUAUCCGCCGAGUUUUCUUCAACAUUCGUAAAAGGCAGGGUGGCAAUAGCAUUAGCUGAUUUCUAUAUGCAGCUAGGUAAUUUCAAAAAAGCUGUUGAUUUACUUGAAACUGUUUCUCCAAAUGAGCCGUAUUAUAUUAGAGCAAAAACUAAAACGGCUCGCUUUUAUUUGGAACACAAAAAAGAUCGUUUAGCGUACGCGCAAUGUUUCAAGGAGCUAGUGUCCUCUAAUCCCGUUCCGUCGAGUUACUUGAUGUUAGGGGACGCAUAUAUGUACAUACAGGAGCCUGAUGAUGCAAUUGAAGCCUACAAGCAAGCUCAUAAGUUUAAUUCAAGAGAUAUUUUAUUGAUUAGCAAACUGGGCAGAGCUUAUGUUAAGACACACCAAUACAAAAAAGCGAUUUCUUACUAUCAGGAAGUAAUCGAAACUCCUGGAAAUUCUUCAUUAAAACUAGAUCUAGCAGAACUGUUUCUAAAACUAAAACAAUAUUCCAAUGCUGAACAAAUUCUGGUAGAUGAAAUUGAAUUAUCUAAAAGUGAAGCUGAUGAUAUAACAAGAUUACAAAAUAGAACAAAGCAAUUAUUGCUCCUGGCUAGGAUACGUGACAAAGCGGGCUAUUUGCCAUCUUCUCUGAACACUCUUAAAGAGGCCAGAGAUAAUCAAUACAAGUUAUUGAAACGGAUGCUGAUGGAAUCGAACUUCGUACAGCAUGAGCAAAAUAAAAUUUUGGUUAUGAUUUGUGUUUUGAUGGCAGAGCAGGCAAUUGCACUAAGGGAUAAUGAGCAAGCUAUUCACCACUACAAAGAAGCAUUGAAGCUAACACCUACUGAUACGAAUUUAUUAGCUGCAUUAGCUCGUUCAUACAUGCAGACGAACAACAUGGAUCAAUGUCAAUUUAUGUGCAAUGAAAUUUUACAGUAUGACCCGAAUAAUGAAACAGCUUCUAUAAUGAUGGCUGAUUUAUCAUUUAGACGGAUGGACUUCGAGAAUGCAACCUAUCAUUUUUCACAACUUUUAGUAGCUCAACCAAACUAUUGGACUGCGCUAGCAAGAUUGAUAGAAGUGAUGCGACGGUCGGGAACACUUCAAGACAUUCAACCAUUUAUCCAUAGAGCACAGAAUGUAUGUCUACGACCAGAUGGAGAAGCUGGUUUGAAUUAUUGCAAAGGUCUUAAUGAUUGGUAUAGUGGAAAUCCAAAUAGUGCCCUAAGAUAUUUUAACAAUUGUCGUAAAGAUCCUGAAUGGGGUCAACAAGCUAUAUAUAAUAUGAUAGAAAUUUGUUUUAACCCUGACGGUGAUUUGCCCACUGAAGGAGUAAUCGAUAUAGGGCCAGAUGAUUUAGAAAUUAAAAAUUCACGUGGGAUGGCAUUAAAAACAGCUGAAAGAUUGCUGAAAGAAUUGAAACCUCGGCCAGGUGUGAUCGAUAAUGAAGCGCUGAAUCAUCGUUUGUUACAAAAUUUCCUUUUACUUGCCUCCCGUCAGAAGAGCAAUAUAGAUCGGGCGUUACAAGAUUUUACAGCCAUCGCUUCACAGGUAGAAUACAAGGAACAUGUGGGAGCUGUGUAUGGCAUGGCAUCAGCUCAUGUGAUGCUGAAACAAUCGCAACGAGCUAAAAAUCAACUGAAAAGAAUAACAAAAACUUGUUGGACUUUUGAAGAAGCAGGUUACCUUGAGAAAUCUUGGUUGCUAUUGGCUGAUUUAUACUUACAAGUCAGUAAAUUUGAAUUAUCGUCAGAACUAUUAACACGUGUGUUAGAACACAAUAAAUCUUGUACUAAAGCGUACGAACUAAAGGGAAUAAUAUCGGAAAAAGAACAGAAUUACCGAUCUGCAAUUACACAUUAUGACAGUGCCUGGAAAUGCAGUGGUGGAUCAAAACCAAACAUAGCAUACAAACUGGAGCUCAAUUACAUGAAACUAAAACGGUUCGUAGAUGCAAUUGAUGUUUGUCAACAGGUGUUGAAAAUUCACACGGAUUAUCCAUCAAUGAAGAAAAAUAUUCUCGAUAAAUGCAGAAAUAACUUAAAACAUUGAAUAUUCACUCAUUGUAAACCACGAUUUAAAAAUAAAGGAGUGAUACAAUU